GAAAAAUACUCUGUACAUUGUUACAUUGUUUAUCUUCUUUGACGCGCAACCCUCUUCCAGUCUUGCUUGCAGCUUUACCUAAAAACUCAAAUAUUCUGCACUCUUAUGGAAACCGCUGAUACUUCACCGCAACAGGACAGCCCCCAUUAUGUUAUCUCCGACGAAAAAGCCACCGAACCCAACGCCCAUCAAUCAGAAAAUGGCAAUUCUUCGCCUCCACGUACGAUAUCGGACCACACUGUUUCAUACUCUCCGCCAGAACAGCUUCCCGUACCCGAAGCGAGGGAACCAGCUUUCCAAACGCAACCCACCCUAGUCCCGCCUCCAGUCAAAAGGAGACGCCGCCGGAAGAGAUUCUUCACGGACAUGAUCUCCACUGCCCCAUCGGCUGCUGCUGUAUCAGGGUUACGCGUCCGCCGCCCCAAUUACAAUCCCUCCACCCCGUAUUCGUACUCCGAUACCGACCUCGCCGCCGCAAAAGAAGAUCUUUCGAAGAACCCUAACCGCCGGAAGAGAGUUUCGGACCUUGCUAAGGAGGUCGAUAUCGAAGCCUUAAUUGCAAUCUCCGUCGGUUUCCCAGUCGAUUCCCUCACGGAGGAGGAAAUCGAAGCCAAUGUGGUGUCCCAAAUCGGCGGGGAAGAGCAAGCGAACUACAUUGUCGUCCGCAACCACAUCCUUGCACGGUGGCGCUCCAAUGUCUCCGUCUGGCUCACCAAAGACCACGCCUUAGAGUCAAUUCGAGCCGAACACAAGAACCUCGUCAACUCCGCCUACACCUUCCUGCUCAACUAUGGCUACAUUAAUUUCGGACUCGCUCAGGCAAUCAAAGAAACCAAACUGAAGCCACCUGAGGGCGUCUUCAAGGGUACUGUGAUUGUCGUCGGUGCAGGACUCUCAGGUCUAGUAGCAGCUAGACAAUUGAUUUUUCUCGGGUUUAAGGUAGUUGUCCUGGAGGGAAGGACCCGACCAGGAGGCAGAGUGAAAACAAAGAAAAUGGCAGGUUGUCAGGAGGGACCCACCGCAGCAGCGGAUUUAGGUGGCAGUGUUUUGACUGGAAUCAAUGGCAACCCACUCGGAGUUCUGGCAAGGCAACUAGGCCUUCCCCUCCACAAGGUCAGGGACAUCUGCCCUCUCUAUUUACCGGAUGGAAAAACCGUAAACUCUGAUAUGGAUUCCAUGGUUGAAACCUCUUUCAAUAAACUGCUAGACAGAGUGUGUAAGCUAAGGGAAGUAAUGAUGGUAGAAGUUAAGUCAGUUGAUGUUUCUUUAGGGGCCGCUUUAGAAACAUUUAGGAGUGUUUAUCAAGUGGCAGAAGAUCCCCAAGAACGAAUGCUCUUAGACUGGCAUUUGGCAAAUUUAGAGUACGCAAAUGCUUCAUUAAUGUCCGAGUUAUCCUUAGCCUUUUGGGAUCAAGACGAUCCUUAUGAAAUGGGCGGAGACCAUUGUUUUAUUCCUGGCGGGAAUGAGAGGUUAGUUAGGGCAUUGGCCGAGGACGUUCCGGUCAUUUAUGAACGUACGGUGGAGAGCAUUAGGUAUGGUGCGGACGGGGUUCUGGUCUACGCAGGCAAUCAAGAAUACCGUGCGGACAUGGUUCUUUGUACCGUCCCUUUAGGGGUCCUAAAGAAAGGUACCAUAGAGUUCUUCCCCGACCUUCCUAAGCAUAAGAAAGAUGCAAUCGAGAGGUUGGGGUAUGGUUUAUUGAACAAAGUUGCAAUUCUUUUCCCAUAUGACUUCUGGGGCGGUGAGAUCGACACGUUCGGGCACCUGACCGAGGACCCAAGCACGAGGGGAGAGUUCUUUCUCUUCUACAGCUACUCCGCUGUAUCGGGGGGGCCACUCCUCGUGGCGCUGGUUGCUGGAGAGGCUGCAUUAAGUUUUGAGAAGAUGUCCCCUUUGGAAUCUGUCAGGCGGGUUUUAGAUACCCUCAAGGGAAUAUUCAAUCCGAAAGGGAUUGCAGUUCCCGACCCAAUCCAGUCGGUCUGUACGCGGUGGGGCCAGGACCGGUUCUCAUACGGCUCAUAUUCUUAUGUCGCGGUCGGUUCCUCAGGGGAUGACUAUGAUAUUCUUGCCGAGAGUGUGGCAGACCGAGUGUUCUUCGCCGGAGAAGCAACAAAUAGGCAAUAUCCCGCCACUAUGCAUGGAGCUUUUUUAAGUGGAAUGAGGGAAGCAGCACACAUUCUUAGAAUAGCCAAUAGGAAGUCUAUUGGAUCUGUUGAGAAAACGGACAAUGAGGAAAGCAAGGACAUUGACCGACUCUUUGAGAAUCCUGACCUCAGAUUCGGUUGCUUCACGGUGUUGUAUGAUCCGACAUCAACCGAACUUCAGUCCAAUUCAUUACUUCGGGUGGCACUUCAAGGGGAUAAAAAUAACACCAGUUGCUCUCUCCAUUUGUAUGGUAUGAUCUCAAGAGAGAAAGCCAUUGAGCUGAGUGAAGUGGAAGGUGAUGUAAAGAGGUUACAGAAGUUAAGUGUUGAGUAUGGCAUAAACCUGGCUGGUUGGAGAAGAGUAUGCCAUGAUGCAGAAUCUCUAGUCAAUUCCAUUUUCUCCGAGUACAACAGUAUGAGGAAUUCUUUAAUUGUCUCGGCUAUUUCCGAUCAUUAGAAUAUUUUUUCUUUCCAAUUCCUGGAACUGAAGUUCUGACUUAAGCCAUUACAUUAAUGUUUAUGAGGAAAAUGCCAUGUGUACAAGUUUUUGUGCACACGUUCUCGUACAUUUGGUCGUCAUCAGGGCAAUUCAUCUGUAUCUAGGCAAUUUUUCUAAAAAAUGCAGAAGUUGUCCGUAAUUUUAUACUAAAUGUAUGUGAUAUAGAUAAGAUGUGUAUGUACAAAUAUUGUUUACACCAGGCAUUGCUCUAUUUAUGAUGUAUAUGAGUUUUGGUACUCUUAACUGAAGAAGUAUGGUGCAUAAUCA